AUGAAAGGAGUAUUAAAAGCAGGAACAACAAGGCAGAGUAAAACUGUUCUCAAAAGUACAUCGAUGGACGUACGUUACAGCCAGCAUAGAAUAAUUUUAGGAUCAUCAACAUCAGAAUUUUUGGAAACUCAAUUACUACAGAACCAGAAAUGGUUGAAAGAAGAAAUUCAGAAAGAGGUGAACUGA